ACUCAAAUGAGAGAGAGAUAGAGAGAGAGAUUGUUGAUUGUUGUAGGUUUCUUUCUGUUACAAACACUUUUCCCAUUUUUCAAGUGUUUUCUUCUUACAUUCAUAACUUCUUCUUCUCUCAAUCCAUCUUUAUAUUCUCUCUAAUUCCUCCCCUCUUUUUCCACUAUUUCUCUUUACCCACAACUUCUCAUCAACAUUCCUUUUAUCCUUUCAUUAUUUCUCAUUUUGAAUGAAAUCAACCUCCCUCUCUCGCUACAUUUCUCACUUUCUCUCUCUAGAAAUUUCAAGAAAUUAAGAAUAUGAUUUUUGUAACAGUUAGAAAGAAAUUUGUCAGAAAAUAAAAAAAACUAAAUGAAGGCAUGUCUAACAAGUGUUGAGUAUAUUAAACCAAAACCAUAAUAAUACUCUACCAUUCCUUUUCAUUCUGAAAUUCUGCAUUUUCUUCAAAUUAAUUCAUCAUCUUCUUGUAAUUCUUCAAUGGGUAUGAUUCCUUUUCCUGAUUUAACCUCUCUUUCUCUUAAGAAACCCAACUGUUUUGGGACAAUGCCCACUUCAGAAGAUCCCUCUAACAACAGGGGUGGUUUUCCUUUUGUGGGUAGUUUUAUUCCUCAAAUUCAUGGAGAUCAACAAGCAGUAAUUGAGGGUAAAGUUUGUAACUUUAAAGAUGGGAUUUCAAGUAUGGAUCUUAAUAAUACAAGUUGUGAAGAUGAAAGUUUUGGUCAUGAUAAUAAUAAUAAUAAUAAUAAUAAUAAUAAUAAUAAUAAUAAUAAUAAUAAUAAUAAAGUAGAGUGUUCUAAAGAAAGUAAGGUAUGUGCUAGAGGACAUUGGAGACCUGCUGAAGAUAGUAAACUCAAGGAACUUGUUGGUAUCUAUGGCCCUCAAAAUUGGAACCUCAUUGCUGAAAAAUUGGAAGGAAGAUCAGGUAAAAGUUGUAGAUUGAGGUGGUUCAACCAACUAGACCCAAGGAUAAACAGGAGAGCAUUUACAGAAGAAGAAGAGGAGAGAUUAAUGCAAGCACAUAGAGUUUAUGGUAACAAAUGGGCUAUGAUUGCAAGACUUUUCCCUGGGAGAACUGAUAAUGCUGUUAAAAAUCAUUGGCAUGUUAUUAUGGCUAGGAAGUAUAGAGAACAAUCUAAUGCUUAUAGGAGGAGGAGAAAUAAUCUUAUGCAACAUCAAUCUUCAUCACCAUCAUCUACUUUCCCUCAUCAUCAUCAUCAUCAUCAUCUUAGAAGAUCAUCAUCAUCAUCAUCCAUGGAAGAAGAUAAUGAACAACAACUCCCAAGCUCUUACAAUAAUAAUUAUCAUAGUAACAUUUCACAUGUUGCAAAUGGGAUAAAUAUCAGUAAUCAAGGUUCUUUUCCAAGUAAUAGUCAGCAAGCUCCUUUAGAUUUCUUCUCUGGUUCAAGUAACCAUAACAUGGUGAGCAUGUUCAGUGGAAGCAGGUGUUUGGAUAGGGCAAUACAAAUUCCAAUAGCAAUGCCAAUGCCAAUGCCAAUGCAAGUCCAACAACAAGAGCAGUCAUACUAUUACUACUACUACGACAAUAACAACACUUCUCUUCCAUCUCAUCAACAAAUUUCCCCACGCCAAACACACCCUUAUUCAUCAUCUCCUUCACUUGAAGCUGGAUCAGGAAGCAGAUCAGUAGAGGACCCCACUUCCACUUCUUCACUUCCUUUCAUAGAUUUCCUUGGUGUUGGUUCUUCUACUUGAAUUAAGUUCAUUUUUUUUUUUUAAUUUCUUUUCCCAAAAGAGUCUAAUAGAUAGUAGAAUGUAGUUUAGUGGUGAUGAUGAUGAUGAUGAUGAUGAUGAUAAUGAUGAUGACAAAUGAUGGAAGAAGUGGUUUUUGCAGAUUAACUGAGAAAAUACCAUUAAUGGCAUGGGAGUGUUUUCUUGUAUCAGUUAAAGAUGACAGUUUAUCAUGAAGUACUUUUUCUUUA